AUGCGUCCAAGCAUCACUCUCAGAAUGCAGCCAACUACUGCUUUCAGAAUGCAACCCACUAGGAGGUUUAUGGCUAUGCCGAAAGAAGAGCAGAGCGCCCACACCAUCUCGCAACGACUACGCAACCUCCGAAAGAUUCCUCCCGAGUUGAUCCCCCUUGGAAUCGUCGUCGGCGUUGCUGUCGGAUUCGCAGGUUACUCCCUAGCCCGAAAGCUCAUUGUUGACAAGCAAAUGCGUCUCACCCGCCAAAACCGAAAAGAAUAG